AUUAUCUUCAAGUAAUUAACCCAACAGUCCCAACUGGCGUUCCAUAUACUUGUAAUUGACGGUCACAUCAAAGAAACAGUGUCAGUGAAAGAACUAACCGGUUAGGUUACAAUUUUGACGAAAAUUACAUGUUGUUGUGGAGCUGUCUAAGAUAUCAGAGUUCUUUCUUCCAACCACUGACUGUAAUCCAAUCAGCUGUGGGUGAUUACUGAUUAUCAUCCAAAUAGAGCACAGAAAGAGAACUGAUGAGAUGGCUAAGGAAAGGGAACAAAAGGUGACCUUAAUCAAAGACUUGCGACCUGGAUUGAAGAAUCUACAGAUCACUUUCAUUGUCCUUGAUAUUGAGAGGCCUACAAAGACCAAAGACGGGCAUGAGGUGAGGUCGUGUAAGGUGGCUGAUAAAACGGGAAGUAUCAAUAUGUCUUUAUGGGAUGAGCUUGGAGAAAUCAUUCAGAGUGGAGACAUCAUCAGAUUGACAAAAGGGUAUUCUUCAAUGUACAGAAAUCAUCUGACUCUCUACAGUGGACAGGCUGGGAAACUUCAAAAAGUUGGAGAGUACUGUAUGAUAUUCUCAGAGACUCCCAACAUGAGUGAACCUAAUCCUGAAUUCCUUGCUCAAGCAAAAAUAAAUAUGCAAGAUGGAAGAAGCAACUCGCCCACAGGUAGUAAUCAAGGAAUGGUUCAACAGGGCCCUAAUAAACCAAGCAAUGGUGUUAGGUUGGGAAACAGUGGUGGCCCUCCUGGUAAUAUGGACCAACAGCAUCAACGUCCUCCUACACCCCCACCCCAGGGAUUCCCCCACCAGCCCCACCAAGCUAUCCGAGGAGGGCGGGGUCAUAUCCCCCCUAACAGAGGUGCAUUUGCAGGAAGAAGUCGAGGAAGGAGAGGACGAUAGUGCCUUGCCUAUGUGGUAUAUGAAUAACAAACUGACUGAAGAUAAUGAUGGCUCCAUCUAUAGUGACUGCAAAGACAAUGUUAAAACUCUGAAUGUUGGUGCUGUUUAACUCUUGUGAGAGUCUUGAACACAUAUUUGGAUGUCAAUGAUUCUGUGGAUGGAUGUUCGACUACAGCUGCCUUCUACCAUAUAUGUUGUACUCAGUGUGAACACAAACUUUAUUUUGUGAUAGAUCAAAGAUGUCUGUGAUCUGAGCCAGACCCCAAAUCAACUUGGCAGUUGAUGUGGAGAACUUGUAGUUUGCACCAAUCUAGAGCCUGGUUGGUGAACCCCCCAGCGCAACGGUGAAAUGUAUUAUGUGCUGACCAAUUCAUCAUUGUGUCCAAGGUUUUUUUUGUGGGGCAAAAUAUUUUUAAAUUACAGGUAGUUUCUUUGAAUAUUGUGUCAGAUCUUUUGAAAAUUUACUUGCUACUGCGAUCAUCAUUAUUACCCACGUAAUUGGUUCCUCCUAAACUUAAUUAUACAAAUUGUUCAUAAAAGAUAUUUUUGAAAAUUUUUCAAAUGAGUGUAUUCCAUUGAAUAGCAUUAUCAGAAGUCUCUAAGUGCUCUGCAGUAAUGCAGCAUAAUUACCCUGGCUUUAGCAGAGCAACUCAUACGUGCACUGUGUUUCAAGGAAUGAAUUUUUGCCAGGUACCCAUUUACCUCACCUGGGUUAAGUGCAGCAAAAUAUGGAUCAAUUUCUUGCUGAAGGAAAUUACGCCAUGGCUGAGAUUCAAACCCAAUAAUUUCUGUUUCAAUGUCUAGAGCCUAAUCCACUGGGUCACAAGGCUCUACAGUAAUUGAUGGUAUCAGUUCUCUUUGUCAAUGAUGUGUUUUGAACUUUUUGUUUUUAACACAAUUUGAAAAUUUAUAUUUCAUUUGUAAUUUUCAGUAAUGCCUUAGAAUCACAUCCAUAAAGCUUGGACAUCACAUUGAACCCACCCCUCUUAUCUUGUUUUAGCAUUGUUGUCAAAUAUGUUUUGCUUUGCUCUUGUAAUUUUUAAAAUUGUCCAAUGAACUUUGACCAUGUUGUGGUAUCGUCAUAAUAAAAAAUUGAUUAAAAAAUAUUAAGAUUUUGAAUUUUGUAUCAGAUGAUUUUGAAAGUACAAGUCCUUAUUUGAUGAAACUUGCAUAGUAUUGGUUAUCAAGUAUCAGCAAAGAGAUGAAUAAUAUUUCAGGUCACUCAACCAAAAUCAAAGUUCGCUAGAGGUCAAUGAACUGGUAUCAACUUAAAAACUUAACCAAAUUUUAAAGACCCUUACCAGACCUGAAAUAGAAAUUGACAAAUCAUACAUUUACCAAUCUUAAGCUUAAACAAAAUAUAUCAAUAAAAGCCUUUCAACUACUUGCCAAAUUAGUAUUUUGUUUGAGAAUAUCUCCAAUUAUCAGGGUUCAAAAUAUUUUUUUUUAAUAGACAGCAUUUUAGGCCAAAUAAGCACCAAACAAGGAAUCACAAAAUCUUGUAGGUCUUCACACUCUUCACCCAUUUGAGCACUGAAAUAUUGUCAGUGUCAUUUCCCUCUGCAAAUUGUAAAAAGCAAUUAAUUAAUAAUCUGAAAAUCAAGAAAAUUAUUGAUAUUUUCUGCCAACGAUCCUAUAUAAUCACAAUGCUCCUGACACAGAGUGAUGUCACAUAAUUAAGGCUGUUAAGCACAAUAAAACCUCAUUUUGAAACCCCCUAAUUCGAGUUUUUCUGAAGCAAAAUACUUGGCAAGUAAGCGAUUGAUAUGCAUGAAAGUUACAUUGCUGUACUUUGUAGCUUAUAUAGAGUUUACAUUUGUGAAUUUUCUUAUCAGCUCAACAGGUUUUUUGAAUUUUCAAAAUGUUUUGAAAAUUGAAAUAGUAAGUCUUUAUUCUGUUGGAUUUUGAUAUAAUGUUUGUCAGGUAUCAUCAUUUUUCAUAAUUAUGUUUGGUCAAAGUAUAGGUCAUCUCAAAUCAAUCAAAUUGGAUAAGAAUAGACAUUUGUUCAUUACUUGAAAAUUAAUUUAAACAGUGAAACUUGUAUAAAAUGGUUAUUGGGUAUAUGUAGAUUUGUAAGUCCAGAUUAAAGGUCAUUUUAGGUCAACAAAUUCAAAAAUUAUGAUUAAAUUUAUUUCUUAUUGGUUGUCAUCAAAGUCAGCACUGCUGCAAUUUUAAAUUGCAUAAUACAGGCAAGACUGGCAGAGGUGUUCCACCUGUUUGCUUAAAAAUCAAAUCAAGAAUUCUUUGAAGGCAAGUCCACUUUGAAUAAAUAGAGAAAAUUAAAACAGGAAUUAGUAUGAAAAUUUCAACCAUAUCGGGUGGAAUAUUAGAGAACAAUGAUGUUGUAAAUUUCGCUUAUUUUCACAAACCGGUUGGCGAUGUGCAAAUGAGAAAGUUGUUUUUUUUUCACACAGAAUUUCUUUUUUAUUUGAUGAUAUGAAACGAGAAUGUUUCAAUUUUUUACAAAUUUGACAAUAAGGAAGCAUCUCCAUGGAAUGAAAACAGGUUUCAUCAAUGGCAAUCCCACAUAUUCAAGGAGGAAACAAGCCAUGUUUCGCAUUAUAAUUAGGAAAAAUUAAGGCAUUUCAGAUUUCGUAAUAUGAAAAAAAAAUAGUGAGUCAGUGACAUCAGUUCCCUUCAUUAGCAUACUGACCAGGGGCCUGUCUCACAAAGAGUUCCGAUCAAUCGCAACUAUGGACAGCAAGCAACGUCAACAUCUAUUAUGCAUGUAUAUUCAUGCAGUCAUUGUUUUCUUUAAAAUUCCCUGUUUCUCUUUGUUUACAAAGGACACUGCAAAUUUCCUUUGGAAAAAAUUAUGACAUUGAUGGAUUUCCAUAGAGUUACAAUUGAUUGAAUCAAUCGUAACUCUUUGUAAGACGGGCCCAGAAUGGUCAUUGGUCAUAUAAUUGUUUUGUGGAUAAAGUGGACCUUUAAAACUGCAUAAAUUUCUUAUUUUACAGUAAAAAUAUGGCAUAUUCCAGCUCCUUCAUCAUUUGUUGGAAAGGGGUGGGGGCUGCAAGACCAGCUAAAGAGAAUGUCGUUAUUUUCCCGAAAAAGGGGGGCAUUAUAGCAUUAAAUUACCCAGAACUAUCUAUUUAUAAUCUCCUUUCUUUUCCCCCAUCUUAUUAUCCUUUUUUUUACUGCUUGAAAAUCAAUAAGGGCUGGUCCCCCCCCCCAUUGCCCCUGUCACUCUACCCCUGAGAUUGUACUAUGUAUUUGUAAUGCACACUUUCUGAUACAAUGUCAAGGUGCUUUAUAUACAGAUUAUCAUUACUCAGGCCAUUGGAUUCAAUCAGUCUUGCUCACACAAUAUGUACACACACUCUCCACACCCUGGAGAUUCUGUCUGCUACUGUGAAAUGAUGUAGCAUAAAAAUGUCCAUGGCCAUCAUAAUUGAAAUUCUGGAACAUAUUUUCUUUUUAUUACGAUUUUUAAAACAUAACUUCCAGUUGUGCUCAAAAGUUAGUGAACCCCACCACAAAAUGCACUCUUUCAUGCUGAGUGUUGUAUGUAGACAACACUACAAUGUUCGGUGAGCCCAGAGGAACGAACUUCAUUGAAUGUAAUUCAAUCACCUGACUUAACAAUUAAAUCUCUAAAACAUGACAGAACGUGAACUCCUUAAAUAUGUUCAUUGUCUGGUGGGUUUCACUAACUUUUGAGCACCACUAUAAUAUGAAAAGCUAGGACUAAAAUUAUGUCUCUGUUAUACAGAAACUGUAUCUGAUGCCCGAUGUUUGUGUUGAUACCAACCAAUGUACUUGAAAUAUGCUAUGUUUAUAAAAUUGAAAUUUUCAUAUGAAAUAUAGAUGAUGUCAAUGUAUCUCUGGGA